AUGGCACCGCCAAAUCCUACCGCGCUGACGAAUGCGACUCGCUUCCGUCCUAACCACUUCCGCACUCAUUCACGGUCGCCUUCAAGGUCGCCUGUGCGAAAAGCCAAGUUCACGGCACAGCAUCUCGAUCCUCUACUUAACAACCUCUCACCAGACUCCACCUUGAAGGCACUGCGAGCAACAGACACCAUACCUGCGAGCGAGUCUGCGGGAGAUGUGCUGGCGAAAAGCAUCGCAGACGCGACACCUGAAGAACGGGAGAUAGGCAUAAGAGCAGCUUUCGCAGCGCAGAAGCUGAAAGAAUGGCGACUCGAGAUCUCAAAAUGGUUGUGGCCCGGCCGAAGAGACCAAGGUCUCGGAGUAGGCUUCCUGCCGUCAGCAGAUGCAGCUGUACAGGAGGACGGCGAACAGCACAUCUAUAUCGGUUAUCUACCACUACGCGUCUUGAACCAAUACGGCCAGCGAAUCGAAGACAUCAAGGAUGCGCUAGAAAGCCUGGAAAUGGAAGACCUAAAAGACCACGUUCUGACAGCGCAUGCCUCCUCGAAACCGCCAUCAGCCAUUGUCAAAAGCGCCUCGGCUGCUCGUGGAAGUUAUGGCCGGAUGAGAGAUUUUACUGCUCUAAUUACAGCAACCGUCAUUCAAGCUUUACCCGAUCUCGCGACUGUCAAUAUGCUUAUUGAUACCUGGGAUGUGCGCAUAGCGGUUCUCAGAGAGCUUCCCAUGGUCCUGGAUCUAAUGGAGCUGACGAAUGAGGGCUUGCGGAAAGCGUCUCGUAGCUAUCGCGAUCCAACACAGGCGCCACAUCUGACUCUAGCAGACUAUCACCAAAUUCGCGAGGGCCUGGGAGACAAGGUGAAAGACCUCGGCCGUCGCGUUGACAAGAUCCUGGAUAUGCUUGACGGCCACGACGAUGCUUUGCCGCAGUCGUGGAUCGACUUCCUCGAAAAUUUGGAGCUCGAAUUCGCAACAUGGUGUGCUAAGGCGGAACAGCUCGCCCACGACAACGACGCCAGACAAAACAAUGAAGCCAGGAGAGCAACCGCCACCCCAACCCCGGCAGAUUUUCCCCAACCCAACCUCGAGCAAACCAGAAAUGGUGGUGAAAAGCCACCUCUCAGUCUAAACAUUCCCGCUUCUGGUCACAGGCGAGAGAAGUCAGAAGUUUCGAUUGCAGACUCUGUGCUGUCUACCGACUCUGCUGGCGAGAUUGUGGACGUGCGAAAGUCUCAAGUCCUGUUAAGUCCAAAAGUUAGCGUCAUAGAAGGCUCUGGCGGGGGAGCCGUGCCCAGACCACCAACUGUGCAGAGGGCCUCCACAGCUUCCAUCGAAGUGAUACCGAAGGAGCAGCUAAAGAAGUUGGACGUGCGGCGAAGUAUGAGCGCUGAUCUUCUUACCAAGCUGAGUUCACAAUCCGGCGAUACGACACCGACAAGAUCGUAUAAGGCACUCACAGGAGAGUCUCCGACUCGUGAAACUCCAGUUGCUGAGCUGGAAGAUCCUCAUUCCACGCCAAAAGUCCACUCGAAUGCGACUGCCGUUCUUGGUCAACCCUCUCCUUCACUUAUGGUUGAACCUCUUCGUGUUCAAGAGAGACAGGCGCCGUCAGAGCAGCUCCAGACACCAGCUUUACCCAGACGCUCGAGCAAGCGUAAUUCCUUGAGCCUUUCCACGACACUCUCUGGCCAAGCAGCAUCAUCCAACGACCUCGUGAGCCCAGUAUCGCCAGAACAAGCUACUCCUCAGUCAAGCCUAGUCUCGCCCAUUUCGCCACGAAAAGUGUCGGAUGAAAGCGACAGCCUCGACUCCAAAAUCAAGGACAUCCUGCAGAACUUGCCAACCAAGAUUCGCUUGGCAAACAGAGAUGGCUCGUUGCCCAACAAGUCCAGCUUAUCUGCCACUUCUUCUCGAGCAGCCACCCCAACCCCAGCCCUCAUUCCGGAACCGUCCAAGCACAGUCGGAGAAGCUCGACUGCAGAAGCAGGCAUAAGAGUAUAUCAUCUUCACCAGAAUAGCCAGACUCGAGACACCAAGCCAAUCAAGCUGUUUGUCAGAGCUGUUGGAGAAAACGGUGAACGGGUCAUGGUGAGGGUCGGAGGUGGCUGGGCCGAUCUUGCGGAGUAUCUGAGAGAAUACAGUGCGCACCAUGGCAGACGGAGCACAUCCGAAGGUCUAAUGGAGGUCGCACAGUACCCAGGCAAGACGGGAAGGGAGAAGAAAGCGUCGUCACAAGUGCUGUCUCCUACGCCUCUCCCCGGUGGCAUGACGAUGCCGAAGCGGACGCGACCAAGAAGCAUGUCAGGUUCAUCCUCGGGAUCAAGAUCUCGGUCACCUAGCCCUCCUCCUGCGACCGAUCCCAACCUUACGCCGCCGGUGCCUCCCAUCCCAGCCAGCUAUACGAUGCACACUCCGACCAUGUCGGUCACCUCACAUCCGAACGGACAUACCGAUGUGGAUUUCCGCGACCCUGACCCAACAUCAGAGAUGAGUGCAAGAGGGGGCGAAGCAGUAGAGCCAGAGGCAGGGCCGUACAAAAGGACAAGCUCAAUGCACGUUCCUGGGGUGACAACUACCACGACUGUGCAAUCGCCAGCGGCUCUAAAUCCGGUGAAGUAUGUCCCGCUAGGAGGCGCAGGCCCGAAGAACAACAAUCGCCGCUCCACCACCUACGGAGCAGUGCCAAGAGAACAGAAUGACGCUUGGGUUGAGGGAAUGGUUGGUAAGGCUCGGGCGGUAAGUGGUGGCUCGCAGACGGUGCACGGGCCAACUACCACUACUACUACAACAGUCGUAUCGUCAGUACCCGCCAGCCGACGUGCAUCUGAAGCAGUCACGGCUCCGACUGCGACCCCGCCCAAGGAUGGCAAAGCGCCAACUUCACCGGCUGAUCGUCCAGGUGUCGUUCGGCGGAAGAGUCGGCUUGGGCUUGGCGAUGUCAGUGGAAUCAAAAGAGUCUUUCUGCGGAGGAAGAGCAGCAAGAGCAGCAACAAGUGA